AUGGCUGGUGCGACAAGGCAGCUCCGCUACUGCUGCCGGGCGCUGCUCGGCGGGACGCUGCUCCUCCUCUGCAGCCUGGCGGCGCCGGGGGACACCCAGCGGCAGCCGGACCCAGCCGAGCCGUCGCUUCUCCUCCUGCCCGCCGAGCCUGGCACAAGUGCGCUCGACAGAGGAGGCGGCGGCGGCGCCACCGCGGGAAUCCUGGUGGCCAAGCGGGGGCUGCGCGUGCCCUUCGGCCGCUCCGUGACGCUGGACCCGGCCCAGGACUUGGUGCUCCGCGUGCAGCCGGGAGACCAGUGCGUCGUGACCGUGCUGGAGAGCGGGCCGCCGCCACCGGCGCCUCACCACCCCGGCGCGCUCUUUCCCAAGCGCUUCCCGUGCAACUUCGGCCCGGGCGAGGUGACCUACACGCACUACGGCUCGCGCAGCCCCGGCCGCGACCGCCUGAGCCUCCAGCUGCGCUACGACUCGCCCAGCCGCACCCUCCUCGCGCCCUUCACCCUCGAGGCCGAGGUGCUCUCCCAGCAGCUGCGCCUGCUCAGCCGCAACCUGCCCCUCACCGUGGAGAAGCUGCGCGGCCACAGCCCGCCCCUGGACGCCAAAGUGCUGGCCUUCGCCGACGUGGGGAAGCCCUACCGCUGCCGCCUCACCGCCCUACCGUACCCUCCGGGCAGCGGCGCCCACCUGCCCGCCUACGGGCGACUCGUGGACUCUCAUGGGCGCCCCCUGCCGCCGGGCCACAGCCAGGACUGCAGCAGCUUCCUCGAGGCAGGGAUCCGCUACGAGCACACAGCCACCACGCCCUCGCCCAACCGCGACUAUAUCCCCAUGCGGGUGGAGGUUUUGGAGGAUGGCGACUCCCUCCAGGGCCAAGGCGAGCAGGAGUAUUUCCAGGUGAUGGUUCGCAUCCGGGAGGGCGCUGAGAAUACACCUCCCAAGCCCAGCUUUGUGGCUUUGCUCAUGAUGGAAGUGGACCAGUUUGUGCUGACUGCCAUCACCCCUGACAUGUUGGCUGCUGAGGACUUAGAAACCCCUUCAGACUUGCUGUUGUUCAACCUAACCUCGCCCUGGCCUAGUGCAGGUGGGCACGACAGGGUAGGGGGUGAUGACCCCCGGUUACGGGGCUACUUGAUCAGUACCGAUGACCCCAGCCGGCCGCUCACUUCCUUCACACAGCAAGAGGUGAGGGAGCUGAAGAUUGCCUACCAGCCCCCCACUGUGGACUCGGACCAUGAGCGACUCUUCCAGCUUGAAAUGGAGGUGCUGGAUCUGGAAGGUGCCUCGUCAGAGCCCUUUGCUUUCAUGGUAGUGGUGAAGCCAAUGAACACAUUGGCCCCUGUGGCAAUCUUUAAUCGCGUUGUUGGGCCCCAAAUGAUGCUUUUUGAAGGCCAGUCAAGGCCACUUUCUGGCAAUCUUGAAAUCGGUGAUGAGGACAAUCUGGACGAGGUGAAAGUGUGGGUUACAAGGGGACUGAAACAUGGUGAACUCCGGGUUUUGGGUGCGCUUCCCGAUCAGCAGUUCUUCACUGCAGCAGAGUUGGAGGCGGGACAGGUCAUUUACCAGCAUGAUGGUAGUGAACACAGUUACAGUGACAAUAUUGUCUUCCGUAUGGGGGAUGGACAACACCAGGUGGAGUUUCUUUAUCCAAUUACCAUUGCGCCUGAUGACGAUCAACCACCCCUCCUCAAUGCCAACACUGGCUUGGUGCUAAGUGAGCACCAAGUGGUCCAGAUCUCUCCCUUUGUCCUCAGUGCUGCUGACAUAGACUCUGAUGACUCUACUAUUCGAUUUGUACUUAAGGAGGCUGAUGGGUCUGCAGAUGCAGCCACCUCUCGACAUCUUGGUGCACUUCUGCUGCGUCAGGCAGAGAUGCCAUCAUCUUAUGAAAAGGAGGAAGAUGUGGAGGGGGGUCAAAGUGUUGUGUCUUCCUGGCGUUUCGUGGAGAGUGAAGGGGUGUAUGAGAAACAGGUGACUGAGUGGCUGCAACAGGAUAUCUUGGAUGGAAAGUUGUUCUACAGGCACAUAGGGCCCCAUAGCACCAACCUAGUGAUGGACCAGUUUGUAUUCUAUCUCCAAGAUGACAAUGACCCUCCAAAUCAAUCUGGAGAGCAGGUAUUUAUCAUCAAAGUCCAACCUGUUGACAACUUGCCCCCGGAAUUGUACCCGGGUACCACCUUGCAGAUGACCGUCCUUGAAUAUCAGGUGACCCACUUCCGAAAGCGCUACUUGCGCUACACUGAUUUGGACACAGAUGAUAGGGAGCUGAAGUAUACUGUGCUCACACCACCAACUGACACUGAUGAAAACCACCCUGUAUUGGCUGGGGAAAUCGUGCUAACUGACAACCCACUAGUGUCCAUUACACAGUUCACCCAAGCACAAGUAAAUCAUCACAAAGUAGCAUAUAGGCCAUCAGACCAAGAGCUUGGAAUCACUCCAAGAGUGGUGCAGUUCACUUACAGUGUCGAAGACACAGCAGCUAAUUCUGUGCUGGGCACUUUCACUCUUUUCCUGCAGCCUGUGGAUAAUCAGCCUCCUCAGAUCACAAAUGCUGGUUUUACUGUGUCUGAGGGUGGCAGCUUCCUUAUUACCAGUAGUCAGCUAGAUGCCACUGAUAAGGAUACAGACACUGAUCGGAUUGUCUUUACCUUAACUGAGGCACCUCAGCAUGGGCACCUGCGUUACUUGGAGGAGGGGUUGAUGGUACAGGGUGAAUCUUUUCUGUUAGAUGACAUUGCUAAUGGUCGCAUAUCCUACCAGCACAGUGGUGAUGAAUACACAAGUGAUUCCUUCCAGUUGGACGUGAGUGAUGGAGUCCAUUUGGUACCCAUCAUAGUCAAAGUUGCUGUUCAGCUAGUGGAUGAUGAGCGCCCCAGCAUCUCUGUUCCUGGCAGUAAUGGACUUUUGGGGGCCUUUAUUGAUGUACUGGAAAAUGGUGCCACUGAAAUCACCACUUCUCUUAUUCAAGGCACAGAUGAGGACACUGAUGAGUUGGCAUUAACUUUUAUUGUGGAGGAUCUACCCAAGCUAGGUGAUAUCUUGGUGGAUGGGGUGCCCUCUGAGAGGUUCACCCAGCAGGACCUCAUUAGUGGGACAGUUGUCUAUGCUCACACUGGUGGAGAGAUUGGUUUGAAAAAGUUGACUGAUUAUUUCAAUCUUACUAUCUCAGAUCUUUCCAGUGAGUGGGUAGUGGGAGGCAGCACUGUGGAAGGGGUGCGCGUGACUGUGACUAUUUUGCCAGUGGACAACAUUGCUCCUGAGGUUAUGGUGGGGGAAGAACCAUUUACUGUUUAUGAGGGAGGGAAAAAUGUUCUAAGUGUACAGCUCCUGGAUGUGGAGGAUGUAGAUACUCCCAGGGAUGACAUCCUUUGUACCAUCCUAGUACAAUCCACUUCUGGUUACCUGGAGAACAUAUCUCCAGCCCCUGGCUCUGAGAAAUCCAGAGCUGGGACUGCCAUCAGUGCAUUUUCCAUCAAGGAUGUUCGCCUUGGACACAUCAACUAUGUACAGAGCAUCCACAAGGGAGUAGAACCUUUGGAAGACAGAUUCACUUUCCACUGCUCUGAUGGUGUCAAUUUCUCCCCACACCAGUUCUUUCCCAUUGUCAUUAUCCCAACCAAUGACGAGAAACCCGAACUAUUUGUACGUGAGUUUGUGGUGUUAGAAGGGAUGAGCUUGGUGAUUGACACUCCGAUUCUCAACGGUGCUGAUGCUGAUAUUCCCCCAGAUAAGUUGCGCUUUUUCAUAACUGUUCCUCCUAAGCACGGCCAGAUUGUUCACCAGCUGGCUACUGGUACUGUGCCCAUCCACAAUUUCACCCUGGAAGAAAUCCAGGAGGGAUCCAGCAUUGUAUAUGAGCAUGAUGACUCUGAGACUAAAGAGGACACUUUCAAAAUCCAACUGACUGAUGGCCUGCAUACAGUGGAGCAAGAAGUGUUAAUUAUGGUCAUCUUAGUGGAUGAUGAAACACCAAGGAUGUCUAUCAAUGAUGGAUUAGAAGUGGAGAUUGGUGAGUCCAAGGUUAUCACUAAUCAGGACCUCAAGGCUACUGAUAUAGACUCAGAGGACAAGAUGCUCACAUAUGUUAUUCGUUUGUUACCCAGGCAUGGUCUUCUGCAGCGCAUGAGCAAAGAAGGAGAGGUGUUAGGCAACAUUACACUCGGUAUGAAUUUCACACAGGAUGACAUAGACCAGGAUUGUAUACGCUACAUUCACACUGGCCAACAGGGAGUCCGUGACUUGGUAAAGUUUGAUGUCACUGAUGGCAUAAACCCUUUAAUAGACAGGUAUUUCUAUAUUACCAUCAGUGGUAUUGAUAUGGUCUUUCCUGAAGUGAUCAAUAAAGGGGUAACACUGAAAGAAGGUGGAAAAGUGACACUCACUACUGACCUCCUCAGCACAAGUGACAUUAAUAGCCCUGAUGAGCAUCUGCGAUUCAGUAUCACCCGAGCCCCAAGCAGAGGGCAUUUGGAGAACUCUGACAGCCCUGGAGUUCCUGUCACUACCUUUACUCAGCUCCAAUUAGCUGGCAACAAGAUUUAUUAUAUCCACACUUCAGAGGAUGAAGUGAAGAUGGAUAGCUUUGAGUUUGAAGUGACAGAUGGCUAUAACCCGGUCUUUCGCACUUUCAGAGUCUCCAUUACUGAUGUGGACAAUAAAAAGCCAAUCCUAACCAUCCAUGGCCUGACAAUUCAGGAAGGGGAAACCAAACUGAUCACUCCAUUUGAGCUGAAUGCAGAUGAUCGGGACACUCCUGACCGCCUGCUCCGUUUCAUAAUUACUCAGGUCCCUGUGCAUGGCCAGAUUAUUUACAACAAUAGCUAUUCUGUGACCAGCUUCACUAAGCAAGACUUAAAUGAGAACAUGAUCACUUAUAGACAUGAUGGCACAGAAACCAACCAAGAUAGCUUCUCUUUCACUGUUACUGAUGGGACCCAUUCAGACUUCUAUGUUUUCCCUGAUACCAUCUUCGAAACACGUCACCCUCAGAUGAUGAAGAUUCAGAUCAAUUCCCUGGACAAUGGUGUGCCACAGAUAGUAGUCAAUAAGGGUGCUUCUACCCUGAGAAAUACUCCAGUUGGGCAUCUAGGCUUCUUAAUUACCAGCAAGUCUCUGAAGGCAGAAGAUAGAGACAGCGCACACAAACUACUAAAGUACAAGAUCACAGAUGGGCCCAAGCACGGACUCCUCAUUAAUACCGGCCUAGGAAAUGGAAGCAUUAAAGCCUUUACACAAGCUGAUAUUGACGACAUGAAAAUCUGCUAUGUCUUGAAGGAAGGUGGAAAUGCUACUAGUGAUAUCUUCUACUUCUCAAUUGAAGACAGUGGAGGAAACAAAUUGAAGAGCCAACCAUUCCGUUUGAACUGGGCAUGGAUUUCUUUGGAAAAGGAAUACUACAUUGUAGAUGAGGACUCCAGGGUUCUGGAGAUAACUCUGAAGCGCAGAGGAUAUCUGGGAGAGACAUCAUUUGUUAGCAUUGGGACAAAGGAUGGAACGGCAGAAAAGGAUAAAGAUUUCAAAGGGAAAGCCCAGAAACAGGUCCAGUUUAAUCCAGGACAGACCAUGGCUACUUGGCAAGUCAGAAUAAUAGUAGAUAAUGAAUAUGAAGAAUCAGAAAUGUUCCAGAUUAUUUUGUCAGAUCCUGUUAUGGCUGCCCUAGAAUUUCCAGAAAGGGCAACAGUUGAAAUUGUGGAUCCAGGUGAUGAAUCUACUGUUUACAUUCCUGGGUCAGAGUACAGAAUAGAGGAAGAUGUGGGUGAGCUUCUCAUUCCUGUCAGGAGAUCCGGAGACGUUAGCCACGAAUUAAUGGUCAUUUGUUUCACAAAUCAAGGAUCUGCCACUGGUACGAUUCCUUCUACUGUCUUGUCUUAUUCUGACUAUAUCUCUCGUGCUGAAGACCAUACCAGUCUCAUUCGCUUUGAUAAAGACGAGGCAGAGAAAGCCUGUCGUGUCAUCAUUAUUGACGAUUCUCUUUAUGAGGAAGAUGAAACUUUCAAUGUCACGCUAAGUAUGCCAAUGGGUGGGCAAAUCGGGAAAGCAUUUCCCAGCACCAAAGUGAUCAUUUUGGCUGACACAGAUGAUGAACCUGCUUUUUACUUUGGUGACACCGAAUAUCAUGUGGCUGAGAGUGCUGGUUAUGUGGAAGUUCGUGUUUGGAGAACUGGAACAGACUUGUCCAAAGCAGCCACUGUCACUGUGCGUUCCAGAAAAACAGAACCAAUAUCUGCGGAAGCUGGCGUUGAUUAUGUUGGCAUCAGCCAAAACCUGGAUUUUGCUCCUGGUGUAAAUAUGCAGACUUUCCGUGUGACAAUCCUGGAUGAUUUGGGACAGCCUAUUCUUGAGGGUCCAGAAAAAUUUGAACUUGUUCUUCGGAUGCCUACAAAUGCAGUGCUUGGGGAACCAAGCAAGACUACCAUCUUCAUCAAUGAUACCAUCACUGACUUACCCAAAGUCCAAUUUAAGGAGCCACUGCAUACAGUGAAUGAAAAAGAUGGUCAACUGACAGCUAUAAUUUACCGUAGUGGUGAUGUUAAUCAUAAAUCUACAGUCCGCUGCUAUACUCGCCAGGGUUCUGCACAGGUUAUGAUGGACUAUGAAGAGAGACCAAACACAGAUGACUCUGUAGUGGUCUUCCUCCCAGGAGAGAUUGAGAAGCCAUGUGUAGUGGUCUUGGAGGAUGACGCCAUCUAUGAAGAAGAAGAAGAGUUCAGACUAGUACUUGGAACACCAAAAAGCACUUCUGUGUUUGGAGCCUCUAUUGGCGAGCAAAAAGAAACUUUAGUGAAGAUCAAAGAUGAAGAAGACAAACCAGUGAUUAAGUUCUCCGAAAUCAAAUAUAAUAUUCAAGAACCUCAAGAGCCUGGGGAGAUUGCAGUUGUGAAGAUCCCUGUCUUACGUCUGGGGGACAGCUCCAAAGUUUCCAUUGUGAGGAUCCAUACUAAGGAUGGUUCUGCUACCUCUGGAGUUGACUAUAAUCCAAUGUCUGAAGAUAUUGAAUUCAAAGAAGGAGAGACAAAGCACUUUGUUGAGGUGGAGGUUUUGUAUGAUGGGGUGAGAGAAAUGCGUGAAGCCUUUACAGUGCACUUGAAACCUGAUGAGAAUAUGGUGGCUGAGACACAGAUGAACAAAGCCAUUGUAUACAUUGAAGAAAUGGACAGUGUGGCAGAUGUGACGUUCCCAGCUGUGCCCCAAGUUGUGUCUCUCCUCUUGUACGACGACACUGCUAAAAGCAAAGGAAAUUCCCAGCCUCCAACUGGCUAUCCGGUCGUGUGUGUAACGGCAUGUAAUCCCAAAUAUUCAGACUAUGACAAGACUGGAUCUAUCUGUGCUGCUGAAAACAUCAAUGAUACGCUGACCUUAUACCGCUGGCUAGUCAGUGCUCCAAGUGGCAGUGAUGGUGUUACCAGCCCCAUGCGUGAAGUGGACUCCAACACUUUCUUCACCAACACCAAGUCAAUUGCCUUGGACUCCAUAUAUUUCCAGGCUGGUUCAAGGGUUCAGUGUGCAGCACGUGCUGUCAAUGCCAAUGGAGAUGUGGGUUUAGAAUUGCUGAGCUCCAUUUAUACAAUAAACAGGCAAGAAGGUCUAUGCCAACCACGUAUACCAGGAACAGUAGGAGCAGAGCCUUUCUCAGCCAAAAUACGCUACACGGGUCCUGAUGAUCCUGACUAUCCUAAUCUGAUCAAAUUAACAGUUACAAUGCCUCAUAUGGAUGGGAUGCUGCCCGUUAUCUCAACUAGACCUUUGUCUAACUUUGAGCUGACUCUUAGUCCUGAUGGCACUCGGGUAGGCAACCACAAGUGCUCCAAUCUUCUGGAUUAUAAUGAGAUCCCAACCAAAUAUGGAUUCAUAACAGACAACACCAAGAACCCAGAAGUGAUAGGAGAAACAUCACCUUACCAGUAUAGCACAGCAGUGCGGUCUGCCAAGACUUUGCGUUUCUACCGUAAUCUCAACCUGGAGGCCUGCUUGUGGGAGUUUAACAGCUACUAUAACAUGUCGGAACUGCUGACCGACUGCAGUGGCUCCAUUGGAACAGAUGGACAGGUGUUAAAUCUGGUGCAGUCUUACGUGACGCUGCGGGUGCCCCUCUACGUCUCCUAUGUCUUCCACUCACCUGCUGCUGUUGGGGGUUGGCAGCACUUUGACCUGCAGUCCGAACUGAGGCUCACCUUUGUGUAUGAUACGGCCAUCCUUUGGAAGGAUGGCAUAGGAAGCCCCCCAGAAGCAGAGCUCCAAGGUUCCCUCUACCUAACCAGCAUGCAGAUCAAUGAUGAAGGGCGGCUGGUGGUCUAUUUCAGGACCGAGAUCCGAUUCAGGGGGCAGUUUGUAAUGUCCCACCCAGGUACUUCACUCUCCUCAAUGGUGAUGUCUGCUGAUCACCCAGGCCUCACAUUCACGCUGAGCCUUUUUCAAAGUGAACAAACCUUCCACCAGCCUAUGCAGCAAUGGAAAUUUGUCUCAGAUUUUGCUGUACGUGACUAUUCUGGUACUUACACUGUGAAACUUAUCCCCUGUACUGCCGCACCCAGCCAAGAAUAUACCCAGCCUGUCAUCUGUAGCCCACGGGAACCAAUCACCUUUGAUCUAGAUGUCAGGUUCCAACAGGUCAGUGAUCCAGUAGCAGCUGAAUUUAGUCUCAACACCCAAAUGUUGCUGCUCUCCAAGAAGGACCUCUGGCUGUCUGAUGGCUCCAUGGGAUUUGGAGAAGGAUCUGAUGUUGCAUUCACAGAAGGCUCUGAAAUCUAUGGCCGGGUCAUGGUGGAUCCUGUUCAGAACUUAGGAGACUCUUUCAUCUGCAACAUUGAGAAAGUGUUCCUGUGCACUGGGGCAGAUGGAUAUGUCCCCAAGUACAGUCCAGAGAACAAGGAAUACGGCUGCCUAGCUGACUCUUCCUCCUUACUAUACAGGUUCAAAAUUCUGGAUAAAGCUCAGCCUGAUACCCAGGCAAAAGUAUUUGGAAAUAUGGCCUUCCACGCGAAACUAGCAGUUGAUCACAUAGAUGGUUAUCCUUUGGUAAAGCAGCCUGGUUCUGAUGGAUUCAGCUUAUUAUCAACGCCACUGUUCCAGGUAGCAGCAGGCCGGGAGUGGUACAUCCACACAAUUUACAUGGUUCGGUCACGUGAGAAUGCCCACAGAGGCCUGGGAAAGAGAAGCAUUGAGUACCACCAUGCUUUAUCUUCGGCUAACAGUAUCCCUGGUACUGCACAUCUUGGGCGCACUCGAAGAGCUGUUUCAGAUACUCCUGCUCUUGCACAAGAUAUUGGUGUGGAUAAGAACAGGGGUACCAACAUCCAACAUAUAGCUCUUGACCGGUCUGACAAAAUUAUUAUCAAGCAGAAAGAUCUGCUCCCAGCAGGUAAAGCUUAUGAGAAGCCAGUCUUGGAAAUCACGGGUAAUGAUAUGGAAGACAGGGUUGUCCCCAUUGUCGGAGGUACAGCUGGACUGCUGCUUCUGAUCUGUACUGUUUUACUUAUUGUCUUCCUUUUGAAGCGGAAGGGACAUUCUGCCGAUGGGAAAGCAAAUUCGUCCAUCAACUGUUCCAGCAGUAAUGAAACUGUGACCACACAGCACAGCAACAGUGACAGCUCUGAAGUCUAAUGGCAUUGCAAAGGUGGGGAUCAUCCUUUGAAGGUACUCAUUUUGUCACAGAAACCAGAGUUUAGGAGCUGCCUUUGUACAGACUUGGAACCAGCUGCUGCAGUUUUGAUGCUAGGUGUGUGAUUCCACAAUAUCACGAAAUGUGUAGCAAACAAGAUGAAGUGUAUAUGAAGUGUGAAUGACGUAUUUAUAACUUAGCUCCCUCCUCCUCCUCCUCCAGUAACACGAUACUCUUGGACUAAUGUGUGCAUUAAACCUAGCAUUUUUUUCUUCAAAUGGUGCUCACGAAAUCAUCUGCUAGCAGCUAUAAAUGUGCCUUAUCUACCAUCAUGAAUGCCUGGUGCUCUUCAAAGGCAUAUUGAUUUCCUUUUCAUUUAACUUGUAUAGUGUCUAGAGUUAUACCCUUCUUGUAUAUAGAAAGGCCGGGGAGGGGAAAUGAAAGAAGGGGACAGAUUUAACCACAUAGGGUAGAAGUAAAAUAUCUGUAAUUAAAUCUGAGUAGAAUUGUAUUGUUUGGGUGGAUGAGAGAAAUACUGCACUGGGAAAACACAAAGCUUAUUUAAAGAGAGUGGCUAAUAUGAUGUGCAGCAUUGGCAGCCCUGCAACCACACCAGGGCUGCUGCGGACAGUGACUUGCAUAAUGGCAAAUGGGAGUAAAUGCAGGAGCACUGAGUGCACCCCCAUGUCCUCAGCAGCAUCUAGGCUGCUUUACAUGUUGACAGCAGCCAUGAGGAGGUUUGCAGCAUUCCGAGACUCUGCACAUCACGCCAGCCAGUAUUUCUCUACUCUCCAGUUGUUAGAAAUGUACGUCAAUGCAAAACCCUAAAGCUGAUGAGUAUUUAGCAUUGUAGCAUGUCAUUCAAGAUGGCUCCAAAUUGUUAUUAGAUGGCUCUUUCUUUUGCCUGCCUGCUGUUAGAUAAACUUUACUGUUUCUUUUACACACACACACACACACACACACACACACACACACACACACACACACACCCUUCUGUUUAAAGAGCUUGGCAAAUAUUGUAAGAUAUUGUGAAUACUUAUUGUGAAGACAGCAUUUACAUUCUAUAUAAUUUGUUCUCACAUUCACUGAGCAUUCAGUUUGUAAAAGGAACUCUUAUCUAACUAAGUAACCUUAUUCAGUUCUGCAGCUAUCAGAUAGAGCUGCCAUAACACCGGAGCUUAGACACCGAACCACACUGAGCACCAAAUAUUUGGCAGAGGUAGCUUUGUUUGUAUAGAAUCUCUUCUGCUGUAACAUCAGCAGCACAAGGAAGCUAGGUUAUAGAUAGGGAUUGCCCUGAAAAUUGCAUGGGUGUCACUUCCUGUAUAGAUAACCACACAGAAAAAUGGCCACACUUCUGUAGUAGUAUGUGGAGCUAGUCAGCAUCUUUCAAAUUCCUGUUAAGACAGAGUCUGAGCUACAUCCAUAACACAUAAAUGUGCCAUUCUGAUGCUAUUGCCUCAAUUUGCUGCAGGUUCUGAUGUGGGAUUAUUCAAUAAUCAGUUUCUUAAAAGUGAAAACCCACAAAGAUGUAUAGGGAGUUUUAUACUACAGUCCUUGUGAAUUUUCUGUCUGUGGAUAUUUCUAUGAGUCUUUCCCUUCCUAUGUCUACAUGUAAAGAAACAAUAUGUCAGUGGUUUUACACAUAGUAGCAAAGAAGAGAAAUCGCCAACUAUGUCUGUGUAAUGUGGACAAACAAUUGAAAUAUGUUAAAAUAAUAAAAUGUGGACUGCCAGGUUAUCAAUUAGCUAGAUCAAAAAAAGUGAAAGCAAGGAUGGUCAGUGACAGGCAGGUAGUGACACAUUGGAUUGUUUCUCAUUCUCUUUGAAUAGAUUAUGGGUUUUAGGCACAUUACACAGACAUAGUUAGCGAUUUCUCUUCUUUGCUACUAUGUGUAAAACCACUGACAUAUUGUCUCUUUACAUGUAAAUGGAAUAUUUCUCCCUACCUGCCUGUCACUGACCAUCCUUGCUUUCAUUCUGCAGCUGAGGGAAGUGGGUUAUAACCCCUGAAAGCGCAUGCAUUAAAAUGUUAGUUUAAAAGCUGCUGCUUUACAUUUUCAAUCUAAAAUAUAUUACACAGAUGAUUCUUUUAAGGUCUGACUUUAAAAGGCGCCUUGUUAUAAAAAUGAGUGCAGGUGACAGGUACCAUCUAAGAAAGAGCAUUCCCCUUAUAGAGAAAGAGCAUUCUAAGGAAUGCCUUAUAAUGGCACCUUCUGCAACAUGUGCAUUUCUUUUUUGCACAAUAUGCAGCUCUGACUAAUCAGGUGGCAACUCUAAUUGCCAGUGUUCAUAGUGGCUGACAGCAUUAUGGAGCUGUAAUGCUGCACCUGCUGUCGACUCCUAAGGCAGCCUGAUGCUGCUAAGAACAGGCAGUAGCACAAGCAACACUUCUGCAGGAAAACCAGAAGGGGCAGCCCUUGCUCCACCCUGUCAAGGCUGCCACCUGCUGGCCAGAGAAAGUUACAUUCUGUGUCACAGCUAUUGGCCAGUUUACAAGUUAUGAGCCCACAACUAUUUUACUUUGGCUGAUCUUCUCGUAUAUCUAAUUUAGCCAUUUCUAGCAUAUUAUCCUCCAAGAAAAAGAAAUUCUGCUCGUCUCCAGUUUACAAAACCUCCCUGCUUGAUCACUUGGAGGUAAUUGUUGCAGCUAUUUAAGCACACCAUGCCCUUAAGUUUGUGAUAUUACAGAGGAGUCUCAAACUUCCUCAAUAGUGCCUGUGCUUGUCACUCCAAAUUUUUGCCCAAAAUUGCUUUGGUCAGUCUACACUGUUUAUAUUGUGAAUUAAAAUAUGCAGUCAGAUCUGGGCCUUCACUUGACAGGUUUCUGUUGUGGCCCAUGUUUCUGAGCAGUUUGCCUACCUCUACCUUAAGUCUGCGCUGGCACUUAAGUGCACUUACAGAGCCACAUCGCUGGGGGCUGGAUGGAUUCACAUGUUCCCUCCUAACAAAGAGGCACAUGUAUCUGAAUUAUCCAUCUUGAAAUGCUAGAAAAGGGAACAGUCUUCCCUCUGGAAGUGUACUACAUGAAUAUAGGAUGGUGCACUCCUAGAUAGAAGCAAGAGCUAUUCUUCCCCGCUCUCCCAUUCCGGGUUUUUAAUGGAAGUAUAAUUUAGACAGGCUACAGCUGGCACUUAAGUCAUAGUGGUAGUUUCAAACAAGUACAGGAUGCUGCUGCUCCUGCCAGUAGUACCUUCUAUUUUGCGGUCAACAUGUGGCAAGUUUCAUUCCGAAAGCCCCACCAAUCCAGAUUGGCUACAGUAGGUGCUUUGAGGAAGGAGUCUGUUUCCUGCUCUAGCAUUCUAAGAGCAUAAAGGAAGUUAUAAUGUAUGUGUUGCUCCAUUAGGAGUAAAUGUGUGACCCAGCCUUUAUUCAACAGUUUCCUCCAGCUUAUGGCAUCAGAGGUAAAUUGUAGAAUAUGUGCACUGCACCAUGUAUUUUUGCAAUAUAGUUGGUUACUUGUGAGAUACUAGCAGAGCAGGUUCAUCAAAAUACAAGUCAAGCACUGAAAUGUUGCAUUGUUAAACUCUAUUGUACUAUACUGAUUGUGUACUGUGAUAAUUUUGACAUUUUUUAUUGUGAAAUUGCCAAAACUGUUUUAAGACAGCAAUUUUAUAAAGUGCUUUCUUUCACCUA